AUGCGCUUCCUCGACUACUACAAUAUGACCUUACAAUUUCAGUCCACACUGGGUUAUCUCAAAGCGCCACCCGCAGGCUACCAGCGAGCACCAUUCGACGUCAACGAAGCCCUAGAGGAGAUCAAGCAGAACGUGACUACGGCUGUCUACAAGAACCAAUACGAGUUUGAAGCACAGAUCCAGCUCCUAGUAAACCAGCUACGUGACACGCACGUUGUUCUCAACGCCGGUGCUCUGUCAGCAUUCUCUUUUGUCGGCUCAUAUGGACUUGUCAGUGCGUCUAUUGACGGUAAACAAGCACCGGAAAUCUACCUGGAUCAGGACUUGUACGAAGCCUGGGCCAUGAGCGAAUACGAAGCAUCGCCUGUGACCCACAUCAACGGGGUUGACGUGAUCGAAUAUCUGGAACACUUCGCCGAGCAGAACUCUCAAGGCUUCUUAGAACCACAUGCAGAUUGGAACGCGAUCAUGGACAGCCCUGCACUCGACAUCCAGGGUAUUCCGAGUACAUUUCAAUCGGCAAAGCUGUACCCUGGGAACGAGAACUUCUCUGAUACGCUCAAUUUUACACUCCACAAUAAUACUGUCAUCGAGACCAUCUGGUGGGCAAUCUGCGUCGAUUGUAAGGAGACAGGACCUCUCACCACCGGCGGUGACUUCUACAAUUACUUUGUUCUCGGGUUCCUGCCAGAGAGUUAUCGUGAAGGCGAGCAGUGGUGGCCAACCAUCGAAGACGAAGUAUCCCCUCCGACCAAUGACAGCGAAAAUAGUUUCAACUUCACAGCGGUACUGGAAAGCUAUUGUGACGAAGGGGCUACGUCGAGCCAAAACUGGUGCAUGAACAGCUUUGGCGCAUACCCAAAUAACCCCACGACCAUUCAAGUCGAUCUUUCUAUCGCAGGAGGAGGUAUCGUAUCUAGCUAUUUGUUAGAUGAGAAAUCCACCGCCGUCCUUAGCAUACCUUCAUUCUACCAGAACGGUGUAGACACCUCCAACUUUCGGCAAGCGAUCCGCGACUUCAUCGGCAACGCCUCACAAAGUCAGGUUUCCCGUGUCAUCAUCGAUCUGCAACAAAAUUCUGGAGGUCUUGUAUUCCUUGCCUACGAUACAUUCAAGCAAUUCUUUCCGAAUCUUGAUCCCAAUGGUGCAAGCCGCCAACGCAGUCACGAAUUGAGCAAUAUCCUCGGUGAAGCUUAUACAGAGUGGUGGGAUCAGUCAGGUCACAACCAGACUGAAAACUACAAUUGGGCAUCAAGCGAGUGGAUCGUCACCAACCGCAUCAACGCUGCUACUGGGAAGACCUUCUCAUCUUGGGAGGAGUUCUAUGGCCCUGAGGUCGGUAAUGGCGAUACGUUUUCAGGAAGUCAACAAUACAAUUUGUCCGAUGAGAAUUUCGACUAUUCCGCAUUUGGAGACUAUCCAUAUGGAUACGAUCCAGCCGACACUAUAGCCAACACUUCACCACCUUGGGCUCCUGAAAACAUAGUCAUUCUUACUGAUGGUCUCUGCGCCUCUGCGUGCGCUAUCUUUGUCGAGUUCAUGACCUAUGAAGCUGGAGUCAAAACCAUUGUCGUUGGUGGUCAGCCGAAGCCUGGCCCUAUGCAAGCAGUCAGCGGCACUCGCGGCGCAGCCGCAUACUCUGCUGACGCACUCGACUACGAUUUCGACGAAGGACUGAGGUAUCUGCCAGUUGACAAGCCUGAAGUAAUUUCGCAACUACCCAACCGCACGGAUAGAGGAAUGUGGAUCAAUUACGCCGGUUUGACAAUUAGGAACCAAGUGCACGGCACAGAGCUCACACCAUUGCAGUUCCAAUACCAGGCUGCCGAUUGUCGAUUCCACAGGGUAUCCAACGGCUCGCAAUGA